UGCAGGACCGCCUUCCCCCAGGUCCGCCUUCCCCGAGUGGGGAACCCGGACUCCAAGCCCUGAAUAGCCAAGUGUAGCCAAGACCCGCGAAUCUCCCGCUGGGUUGUGGGUGGUGGCAAGGAUACCUUGCUCCUUAAGUCGCCGCUGCUCUGAGGUGCGAGGAAUAUGAAUAUGCAACACGAGCUCCUCCGCUGGCCAAUGAACAGGCGGUGUGUUUAAUAUUCAUAACACUAACAUAGAUCUCGCGAUAUGUUAGGGAGGCGGGCUCCACGAGGCAAAGCCUCCUCUAAUUGGUUGCCCUUUAGGAGAGGUUGACUUCGAUUGACUGGUGUAAAGGAUGUCAAGGCAAGUUUGCCAUUUGGGCGCGAGAUUUGAACAUCCGUUUUCUGUUUCAGGCUCUACAGGGGAGGACACAGGUCUGCAAUCUGCAUUACGUCCCCCACAGUAUAAUCCCUUUAUUUUCUACAUAUUAGUGCUUUACCAGUAUUACAGCCAUAAAGAACAUGUUCCAUCACCGUACUCUUAGUUUGGGAAAUAAAAUCUACUCAUUUUAUAGAUGGAGAAACUACUAGCUCUGGGUCCAGUCCCCGCCCGCAGCUGGAGACGGCCGUCGGUCCGCUGAGGGGCAGGCCCGGGGUGCAAGAACGAGCACCUCCUUCUACCUCCUCUUAACCCCCUCGCGGCCGCGGGAACCCCAGGAAUCCCUCCCCCCGGGUUUGCGGCUUAGUGGUCCCGGGCCAGCCCAACCCCGCUGUACACCUGGGGAGUCCGAGGUGACCCAGUCCUCAGCAGGGAAAAGGCUAGUCGCAGUUCCUGACUCCCAGCUUGGGGGUUUGGUCGCUGUCUCCUGUUUGGUGUCCCGAGUCUUCCGGCCCUAGCGCUCCCAGGCAACAACCCUCUAUCUCCAGCGGGGGAGGGUGGGGGUGAGGAAACUCAGAACUCGCGCCUGCGCAGAGCCUUCCGGUAAGACAGCCUCGCUGCAGACCCCGCCCCCUUUGCCCUGUUGACGUGUCGCCUGUUGCCAUGGAGACUGAGCUGUUUACCUCCCAGUUCUGCAAGAGCCCGGAGCUCCAGUUGGGGUAAGGAGAUCCCAUCCUGAAACUGUCGUAGUACUUUGUGGUGCUGAGGACAUUGGAAACCUCAAAUGGCCAAAUUACUGCAACCUCCGCCCAAGUUCUUGCCCUCAGAGUGGCACAUUGCCAACAAGAACCAGUACCACCGAGCAGAGGCCCAAAGGUCGCGCUCCGAACGCCUGGUGGCAGAAAGUCAGAGGCUUGUGGAUGAAAUCGAAAAGACCACAAGAAAAUCUCAAAGCGAUGUGAACAAGAAACUAGAACAGAGGCUUGAGGAAGUCAGGUUCUGGAAGAAGGAGUUAGAUGACAAACUCGAGCAGCUGGUGUCCGCAACCGAAGACCUGCUCAUCUAUCAGACCAGACUGGAGAAAGCGCUUGAGAGCCUUAAAGAGCCGCUGCACAUCACUGAGAAGUGUCUGGAAUACAGGGAGAAGCGAAUUGGCAUCGACCUGGUGCGUGAUGAAGUGGAGCAGGAGCUGAUCAAGGAGGCCGAGGUCAUCCAGGGGGUGACGGCGCUGCUGACACGCACCCUGGAGGAGACGUCCGAGCAGAUCAGGCUGAACCGCUCUGCCAAGUACAGUCUUGAGAAGGACCUAAGGGACAAGUUCACGGCCCUGACCAUUGACGAUAUCUGCUUCUCACUCAACAACAACUCGCCCAACAUCCACUAUUCUGAGAACGCUGUGAGGAUUGAACCGAACUCUGUGAGCCUGGAGGACUGGUUGGACUUCUCCAGCACCAACGUGGAGAAGGCUGACAGGCAGAGGAACAACUCGAUGACACUGAAGGCCCUGGUGGACCGCAUCUUGUCCCAGACAGCCAGCGACCUGCGAAGGCAGUGUGACGUGGUGGACACCGCGUUCAGGAACGGGCUGAAGGAGACCAAGGAUGCCAGGGACAAGCUGGCUGCUCAUCUGGCCGAGGUCAUGGAAGAGAUUGCCUCCCAGGAAAAGAACAUGACUGUUCUUGAAAAAGCCAUCCUUGAUCAAGAGGGGCCUGCCAAGGUGGCUCACACUCGCCUGGAGACCAGGACCCAUCGGCCCAACGUGGAGCUGUGUCGCGAUGUGGCACAGUAUAGGCUCAUCAAGGAGGUUGAUGAGAUCGCUUACAACGUUGCAAGGUUAAAGGAAACGCUGGCGCAGGCUCAAGCAGAGCUGAAAGGCCUGAAUCGCAGGCAGCUCGCCCUGCAGGAGGACAUCCAGGUCAAGGAGAACAGCAUCUACAUCGACGAAGUGCUGUGCGUCCACAUGCGGCGGUCCAUCCCUCCGCGCGCCGGGGACGACCGCGGGCAGUGGGCCGGGGGGCUCCGGCCCGACGCUGUCUGCUGAAAGCAGGAUGCCCACCAAGCCAUUCCCAUUAAACCGCGUCCUGAACCAGGAGCGCAGAACUCUCCUUUCAGGUUCCCGCCAGAAACUCUGGGCGGGGGUUCCCAAGCCCGAGCUGUGGGUGCAAGGCUCUAUCCUGCUGCUGCUGCUGCUGCUGCUGCUGCUGCAGUGGCCGUUGAACAGGUAACCCCAUGAAUUAGCACAGGCCAGUCUUGUAUCACGGGACUUCAGGCCUGGGGGAGGGGCCCAAGACUUUUUCCUUCGAUUCAUUUCCAUUCGGGAGUUGGGCGGGACCAACGCCCACCUUACCCACAAGAGGGCGUGCGAACGCCUCUCCUGGUCCCAAGAUUCCCUUCCCUGGAAAACAGCGCAGCGGUGGCUGCUUUAGACCCCGGCCGGUCCGCGGGAAGCAGGUUCAGGUCAUAGGGAACUUAGAAGAGAGAGAAGCCGCCCUGGGUCGGGAGUCCCCUGAAGUCUUCCCAGCACCUGCAGGCGUCUCUCUGGGCCCCGUUCUCGCGGCUGAAACAAGUAGGCUGCGACCCGGGGCCCUUUACCAGAAUGCCUGCUCCUCGGCAAAGGUUUCCUUAAGCAACUGAAAACAGUGAAGCUAUAAGGGGCUAAAAAUAACAGCACGUAGGCAGAGUCGCGGCAAUUAUGAAUGAUACAAUACAGAAAGGCCACAAACCAAGUGCCACGUCUGAGGUGCCAGGAGCAAAAACAGGGUACUGUGCGUGAUCCCCAAACAGCACACCACCAAGGGGGUGGGCAGGCCGCCUAGGCCGCCCCUCUGGCCCAACCUAUGAACCUGCCCCGGUUCUCAUCCUCAUUUAAGGAACCAGCUGGUGCCCCUGUGGGGAGUGAGCAAAGGCACCUGUUACUUGUUUUCACUCCUGCUGCUGGUCAGGUCCCAAUAAAGCCUUGCCUGGA